CUUUCAGGUCGUCCGGUUGAACGGUCGUCCGGUCGGAUGGCGAUCCAUUCAAACAUCCGAUGAAAAUGGUGCUUCAAUUAAGGUUUUUUAACUUCUGAUUAACAAAAAUCUAGACUCGUAUCCUCGUUCUCAAAAAGGUUUGUAAUUUAGAAAAAAAAAAAAAAAAAAACUUAAUUCCGUUAUGAUUUGUAAACGGCGGAGUAUGAGUUUGGAUUACAAUCCAAUUUGCCUAAAUAAAAAGGCAGGCCCAUUAGGUGGUCAGGGGAAGAAUAUAAUACGUGGCGGCUGUUGUUAAUUAAACAACCAUGCAUACCCUGCUUCUUCUCCAGAAAUCGUAACGUAACGAUGAGCUUGUGCAGACCCAUGGUAUCCACAUCUUUUUGGGUAAAACCCACGCAGGCGGACCGCAGCUCCCACCCUCCAUCGUUUCUCACACUCAACCGCCCCCCUCCAUCGUUUCGAUCAAUCGGAAUUAAGGAUGCAUACUAUGGUACUUUAUUGAGGGAGUAUCACAACAUUCCUUUUGCUAAAGGCUGUUGUACCGAAAUAGGUACUGAAACAGUAACAUUUCGUUUAACCAACCGUGAUAGGACCCCAGACGAACUAUCAACUUUUAAAAUACUUGGACCUGGAAUGAUUAUCUUGAAGAAUUACCUGAGCCUCAAGGACCAGGUAUGUGUCUUCCGUUAAUUGCAUGUGUUUUUUUAUCACACAUUUUGAGGGGAGAAGAUAGAUACGCCUUGCAGAGAAUGGCGGAAGCUCUUUUAUGUAGCAAGUUGAAACAAAAUGUUAUUUCAAUUUACCUAUAUGUAACCUUUUUAACAAGCAAAUAGUUUCUA